GCCGAUGUGGUCGGAGUAACAACAAGAUCGGCAGCCAAGAAAGAACAAGCACAGACAACAGCCGAUCAGUCAGAAACGGAAACGGAAGAAGAAACGGAUGAUACAGAUAACCGUAAACCUCUGGAGCUUGAAUCAACAACAGACAGGGUUCUGCCGCAUCAUCUGGAUAUAACACGUUUGAUUGAAGAACAGCGGAAAGACCCUGAAAUACGGAAGAAUUCAUCAAAAUGCUUUCCUGUGAAACGGCGGCCGAAAGAAAAAAUCAAGAUGAAUAAUUCUAUCGUACGUGUUAUUGAUGAUCCACAGUCAGAUUUAUUCGUUAUUAAACCUAUAGAUGGUAAAGGCUUGGGUAUGUUUGCCAAAUGUGAUAUACAGUGUGGUACAGUAAUUGUAUGUGAAAAACCAUUAAUGAAAUUUCCAAGUUAUUCGUCGUCCAUACUCCUAGAAGAAAUCUAUAAUAAAUUAGAUUUGGAAACUAAACGUCGUAUUCGUUUUUUACUUGCUUCUCAAACACGAACACAUCCUCUCGUUAGUAUAUGUAAUACAAAUAGUAUUCCAUUGGCCCAUGAUUCUAAAGAAAAAGGUUUAUUUUAUUAUAUAUCAAUGGUUAAUCAUUCGUGUGAAUCCAAUACAUUUUGGAUAUGGUUUGAUUAUGAUAAUAAACAAGAAAUGAAAUUAAUUGCUGAUCGUCGUAUUAAAGCUGGAGAAGAGCUUGUUUGUUCAUAUAUAGAGCGAUUUCAUUUACGUGAACGACGACAUGAAAUUUUACAAAAUACUUGGUUAUUCAAAUGUCAAUGUGAUAUUUGUGAACGACAUGAGAAAGAUAAAAAAUUUGACGAACAAUGGGCCUCUUAUUCAAAAGAUCAAGAUUUUAUUUUGGAAUGUGAUUCGAAUCCACCACAAGAAUGUGUAGAAAAAUUUUUAAAAUCAUUCAAAUUCGUACAAGAACAUUAUCACAAUAGUUUAUUACAAAUGUUUCUGUUACAUUUCUGUAUUCUUCUACCAUGUUGUAUAUUAAAACAAUGGUAUAAUGUUGUUAAAUAUUCAAGAAAAGCAAUUUGUCUUGGAGAAAUAAUAUAUGAUGAUGAUUAUGAAAGAUAUUUAAUACCGAUAAAAGAAAUAAUUGAGGCCAAAGUGCCAAAAGAAUAUCGUACUGGAUUGGAAAAAUAUUUUAAAUAA